UCUUCUUUCCUCUUUUCUCCCUAUUUCUCUUCUCUCUUCUCUCUUUCUUCAUUCCAUCAUCUACAACAUCACACAGAGGCCCAACAUCUACCUCUCGCAAGUCUCAAACAUGCUCAAGACAUAAAUCAACCUAUCAACUCAUGCUUAGGAUUGACUAUCUACGUUAUGAGGCGCGAUAGGGUGGAAAUUAUGUGUAAACGGUGACAUAGCCCUCGUGAGCAUCCCAUGACCUUCGGUCCAUCGUUUGUCCUCGAGUAUUGGCCUAAACCAGAUUCUGUAUCUUACAAACAGACUUUUCGGAUCCUUCGGAACUUCUUCCACGGUUAUUUCGACAGUCAACAUCCUUCGAUAGGAAUGUGGUCGGACACCAGUGGUGUCUCGACAGGGUCGGUCCCAUUGGGAUUGACCCAUCGGCUUGGGUCCCUCUUCGGUGCGGUUCUGACGUUGUGUUCGACAGAGCACUUCUGAGGAUUUUGACUUGUGUUUUAUUGGUCAUCCGUCGACACUCACUCGCCCAACUGGAACGAAAAUAAACAGCCACGAUCCAUAUCCACCUCAAUUGGUUCUCACAUCUCUUACGUGGUUCCCGAGGUGGAACGACUCGCUCUGGAUCGCAUGAGCUCGCAUAUCGAUUUCACAUAACAUCGCUUAUUUGUCCAUCGGAACUCAACGGUCUUUCAACAGACUAACAUCCACCCAUCUGUCUUAUCUCACCAUCAUCUUUUUGACAUUUCGUUCACUCAUUUAAUCUGGUCAUCUGACC